CUCAAAUUUUUAAUCACUAACUGCCUUUUAUUUGAGGGGAUGUAAUUUUUCCCGUUGGUAGGAACUAUAAUUUUGGUAAUUUUGUUGCGCUAGCCAAAUGAGUUUUGGCUAGUAAUUUGACUGGUUUUAUUGAGGUUAUCUCAAUAUGGUCUUUUUCGAAUAAUUUUGACAAAAGGCUUUGAAUAUAUAUGAUUUGUUUGCUCAGAUGAUUGUUUGAUCUAGAAAACAAUGUCGAUUCGAAAAGUCAUUCCAAAUCUUAAAACGGUCAAAAUGCUUCACCCGCCAAAACCAUUUCUAGAAAUCUUAAAUGUCGUUUGUUCCAAUACUCCCAUCUCCUCCUCAUCUUUCUCUUCCAUAUCCAAUCUCGAUCUCAAAACUCUGCACCUCAUUCUGUCAGACCCUUAUGUCAAUGACUCAAAUUGCUUGAAACUCUUCAACUUCGUUAUCAAAAACCAGUCUUUGAUCUCAUUUAAACCUGAUCUUCAAGCCCAUUUGACCCUCUUUCGCAGACUUGUCGAGGCGAGAAAUUUCUCACAAGCAGAGAAUCUCUUCAGGUCAGUACUAAUCGAUGAGAAUUCAAGGUACCCAUUUCCUGCUAUCACUUCUACGCUAGAGAUUUUGUGCGAAACAUCCCUAAUUAAGGCCAAAUCGUUUAAUGUGAUGCUUAAAGUGUACUCUGAUAGUGGAAAGUUCGAUCAAGUUUUGGAGGUUUUUGAUUACAUGAAGAAUAAUGGGAUUGAGAUUGAUGGAAGGACUUGUACUGUGCAUCUUUUAACUCUUAAAAAAGCUGAUCAGGUGGAACUUAGUUUAGAUUUCUUGUACCGAAUGCUCAAAUCGAAUGUGAAUGUUUCUGAGUAUUCUUUGAGUGUUGUGGUUGCUGGGUUGUGUUGGAAUGGUGAGAUUAAGAGAAGUAGGGAGUUGGUGCAGGCGAUGGUUAGUAGAGGAAUAACACUCAGUACAAUUACAUUAAAUACCAUGUUGGAUGCUUGUUCUAAGAGAUCCAACUUUGUGGAGUUGGAUUUGAUAUUGGGGUUGAUGGAAAAAGAAGGGUUGAGAUUCAAUGUCAACACAUAUAGAAUUUUGGUCAAUGGAUUUACUAGCAUUGGAAAAGUCAAAGAAGCUGAAAGUUUGGUUAAGGGGAUGCAUGAUGAAGGAAUGAAAGUAGAAACUCAUUUGUACAAUUUGAUAAUAUAUGGGUACUGUAGAGCAUGUUGUAUGGAAAGUGCGUGUUGGGUGUUUGAUGAAAUGGCUGAGAAAAAUGUAGUCCCUAAUUAUGAUACAUACCUUGCUGUAAUAUCUGGCCUUUGCAACAGCGGGGAGAUGGGAAAAGCAUUGGAAUACUUAAAAGAUAUGCAGAAAAAGAAAAUUGAAGUGGACGAUCUUAUGUUCAAUACAUUGAUUGAAGGUUUUGGCAACAAAGGAUUGAUUAAAGAAGCCUAUGAGUUGCUACUUGUUAUGGAAAUGGUAGGUUUUGAAGCUGAAUUAUCUCUUUGUAAUAAGAUAUUGACGGGGCUAUGUAACAUGAAUCAAACCAGAGAAGCUACGAGGCUUUUUACUGUAAUGGUCAAGAGGGGUGCGGCUCUCCUAAAUUUGCGAGUUUUACUUCCAUGCUUGAUAUAUGAGGCGAAGAGAGGAAUUUGAUACUUUGAUGAGAACGGUUUUAGAGCUAUUUUCAUCUCCUAAAAGAACUAAAUAUUUCAAUUGAAGGGAUUUCACAAGGAGAAGUAGGACAGAAAUAUUUCCAAAUUGUCGGAGAACACCAAUUUGUAUAAACAUUCCCAAAUUAAAUCAAAUUCGAAAAGUACUGCUUAUUCAGUCGAUGGUAGGUUUCUUUUAUCCCGAGUUUGUUCCAUCCGAGAAGAGUGACCGGGGUAGACAAGGAAAAUGUGAUUAUUUUUUUUAUGUAUUAUGAAUCGAAGUUUUCAGUUUUUUACAAUGUAUUUUCUUGUACCAUUAUGGUACGUUACGAAUAGUGAUUUUGUUAGCUCUAUAACUUUAUAUGGAACUCUUGCUGUAGUUGGUAUAUUGUACAAAAAUACCUUUACUCCAGUUUGGUGUUCCCUCGUCUGCCUUUCUGGUUUCUUUAAUUAUGUUUCUAAAAAUUUUAAGUGUCACGAAAGAAAAGCUGCCCAAAACCAAACUGAACUUUUGCAAUUCUACAAAGCCACCACGAUUUCACAAGCAUUCUGAACGAUUUACAAACCAAAUGGCUACCCCAAACAGUUUUAUUUUUAGAACAAAGGGAAAACCACAAUUAAUCUACACCAAAAUUGUUAUUUGUUAGGCUGGUCCCGACUCCUGAGGAGCUCCAGUAAACAAGGCUCCACUAAUGACUGAACCAUGCUUUCCAAGAGCUGGAAUACUGAGGGACCGUUUCCUGGUUUUGCUGUUGGCGGAAGAUGACAUUCUCGAUUCAUUUCUCUCCCUGAGCAGAGACGAGUACGAACACAGUGGUUCAGACAAGGGAUCGCUUCUAGUUCUUUGAAAUUGAUCCAUGUUUCGACGAUCCCUUUGUUGUCUCCGCAGUAAAGGAUCCCCUGAAACAGGCACAACAAUCUUAUCCUUGGCUUCUUCUUCAUCUUCUGACCAGUACCCAUUUUCCAUCAUAUCCUGCAUUGCCAGGUCAUCAUACUCUUCAUCUGAUUUUGUGGACUCCUCAUCAACUGAGCCUACCU